AUGAUUGGAAUGCUUCGGGGAUCCAAGUCCCACGAGCCUCAAAAGGACCGCAAGGACAAGGACCACAACCGGUUCCACUUAACUGAUGCACCGGACAUUGCUCUGGGGGCCAUUAAUGGAUCCCCCCUUUCCUCCAACCAUUGGGGUCCUCACAAUUCGACGGCUUUAAGCGACCCUGACCCUUGA